AUGUCGACCAUAGUAAAGGAAGCUUCGCAGAGCUCAUACCCUCCCGUCAUCCCCAAGGACUUCAACGGCAACCAGCCAAAGACGAUUCGCUUGUUUCCCCUCAGCAACUACACAUUCGGAACCAAAGAUGGCCAGCCCGAGGAAGACCCUUCGGUGCUUGCUCGGCUCAAGCGGUUGGAAGAGCACUACUCGGAGCAUGGCAUGCGACGAACCUGCGAAGGCAUCCUCGUCUGCCACGAACACAACCACCCGCACAUCCUCAUGUUGCAGAUCGCAAACGCCUUCUUCAAGCUACCCGGCGACUAUCUCCGUGCUGAGGACGACGAGAUCGAGGGCUUCAAGGCGAGGCUGAACGAGCGCCUCGCACCAGUCGGCACCCAAUUCACUGGCGAAGGCGUCAAUGACGAGUGGGUGGUUGGCGAUACGUUGGCGCAGUGGUGGCGACCCAACUUCGAGACCUUUAUGUACCCUUUUAUCCCUGCCCAUGUCACCAGGCCAAAGGAGUGCAAGAAGCUGUACUUUAUCCAGCUUCCGCGCAGCAAGGUCCUGAGUGUUCCGAAGAACAUGAAGCUCCUCGCCGUUCCGCUAUUCGAGCUUUACGACAAUACCGCACGAUACGGCCCACAACUGUCAGCAAUCCCUCAUUUGCUCUCGCGGUACAACUUCGAGUUUGUCGACGAGGACGGAAACGUCGCAGCGUGCACGCCUGGUGUAGGUCCACCUGAAGGAUACCGACCUCAGACCAAGGUGCUCGCAGGUGGAGAUGGGGAAGACACCAGGAUGGAGCAGAACGGAGAUGGAACAGGUAGCGAUAUCACUCUCUCGUAG